AUGCGAACUUAUGACCUUGCUCCGAUUCCAUUUUCGAAAUCGCCUGUUGCCUAUGCUAUUUGUAUUAUUCGAGACGUGACAGGUGAGAUGCUUCGUAUUGUGACUAACGUCUUUGAACCAAGGAAGUUGCCUGUUCCUGAUUCUCCUCAUAGUCGGCAACUGUCAAACGCCCCGGUGAUGGAUGACACUACAGAAAAUUGGCCUGUGCCAACUGUUUACGAAGACGAAUUUGCCCAUGUCAAGUAUUCCCAUCAUGUCCUCCCUCUGCCAGUUUUUGAGGACGAAAAACCUGUCGCACCUUUGGACAUCAACAGAACUCUGGAAGGAGCUUUAGUUGAAGUCCAUUUUUUGAUUCAGCAUUGGCACUUGGGCGGAUAUGACACGUUCCAGGCGAAAGCAGACGGGAUCAACAUCCUCAAACAUAGCGCCAGUGUCCCAGCAAAGCAUCAUCUGGACAGCGAAACCAAUGGCCUACGACCACCUCACAAGAAGUCUGAGACGGCACUGGAGGCAACUAGUUCCAAGGGAUGA